UAAGGAGUGGCUGCAGCCUGUCUCAUUUCUGUCAUUUCCAAACCUGUCUUGAUCUGAGAGAGAGAGAGAGAGAGAGAAAAAACCCCCCUGCUGCAAUCAUGGUGCGAAUGGUGGAGAACCUGAAAGAGUUCAAAGAUAUCCUGAAAGAAUCUGGAAGCAAGCUGGUGGUGGUGGACUUCACGGCAAAAUGGUGCGGCCCCUGCCAAAGGAUUGCCCCGGACUACGAGGCAUUGUCAAUUCAUCCUGCCAACGGGGACGUGGUUUUCCUGAAGGUGGACGUUGAUGAGGCAGAAGACGUGACUUCAGAAUAUGGAAUCCAGAGCAUGCCCACGUUCAUGUUCUUCAGGGGCGAAAAGAAGUUGGGACAGUUCAGUGGUGCCAAUAUAGAUAUGCUGAGGAGCGAAAUACAAAAAUACAGAGGAUAAAGUCCCGCUGGCCUCUCAGAGCUCUCCUGCAUUGCAUGGAAAACACAACAGAAGUCCUGAGAAGGGAAAAUCCACGUUCAUUGUCUGUACGGUAAACCUUUGUUCAACAAGAUGGCUUUAAUAAACUACCAAAAACAAAUAUGCGUGCCUAGUUUUCCUCUUUAAAUGAUUUUGAUUUAAUGUAAAAAUAGAAAUUCACUGGAUUUUUAUGGUUUAUGUGCAAGAUCAAGUGCAUUAUUAGGACCAAACAUACUUUAGUACCAUUUCUUUUUCUUUUUUUCAUUGUUGCGACAGAAUGACUAAUGUUUCCAGUCUUUGAAGGGCUGUGCCAUGGCUUCUCAAACAAAUUUCAAACACUUAUGAAAUGAUGCAAGGUGAAUGCCUUGGAGUUGUCAUUCCUUUUUGAGACGGUUUAUAAAGUUUGAUAUAGUUGAAGGAGCUGCCACUUGAGAGAUUCAUCUCAAAGCCUAAAACAAAGAAUCAGGGGAAAGAGAAAAAAACCUGCUGAUA